AUGGUGAAUGUAUUCGAGUGCGUCGUCAGUGGAACCGGCAGCCGGUGGAUGGUGGGAACGCUCAUCCUCACGCAUUUGAUAGCGUACAAUGAGUCGGGCGGUCCUGGGCUGAUGAUAGGGAUGGCUCUCGCUGCCCUGUACGCCGCAUUUGCCGGAACGUGCAAAUCGGGCAUCAAAUCGUUACAGAUCUCCUACAUACGCACCACGCACCGGGUCGACUUCUUCUGCCUGUUUCUCGCCAAGUGGAUGGACAUAUUGGCCCUGUUCUCGGCCUGUGCGGUGCUGGUGCGAACGUUAAGCUCCUGCCUGGAUGCCAUGACCGGUGGAUUGGCGCGGAUGUAUAUUUUAGGCCGCAACUCACCCGCCAACGAACCCUGGCCGGACGUAAUCGGUGUGGUGGUCAUCUUCAUCGUGACCGGGAUGUUUAUGCUGGGGUUGGAAAACACCCGAAUCUUUGGUUUUCUGAUGAUGGCGGGCGUGCUGCUCGUCGGUACACUGAUUGUCAUCAUUACGGGGUUGCGCGGCAAUCCGGGGCUGUUCCGUACCGAGCCGAUCCUGCCGAAGGGUGUUGUUGGGCUCCUUUCCGGGACGGCUCUGUCAACGUUCACUUACUCGAACGAUUUACUAAACGGUAAUUACAUCAAACGUCUCCUGGGAUUGGUCGUUAUCCUGCUAGUGUUACUAUCGAGCGAACUAGUCGGUGCGUGCUUAACGAUGCUGAUAAAAUUCAGCUCUAGCCACGACUAUGAAGCCGUCCCGAUACUGUCCAUCCUGGAGCUGAAGGACUUUCACAAGCUAAUCCCGGCCGUUGCCUGCCUGCUCGUGCUCACCUGUUCCGGCGCCCUGCUCGAACUGUUCCCCGAGAUGUACACCCAAAUCGUGCAGCUGACAACGUCCGACUGGCGCAUACUGGCGAAACAGAUUGGGUACGAAAACCGGGACAGUGGCAGCCCGACGCUGACGAUCUUUACCGGCGGUAGUUUGUGUGCAAUGUUGGCGUUUGCCUGUCCGCUCGAGAACCUCACGUACAUACUGGCGGCGAGCAAUGUGCUGGCCACGUUGCUGAGAUCUUUCCACUUCCUUUACCUCCCGUUCCGGCCACACUAUCUCGAGCAGCAAAAUGAGUCCAGCCUGGGCUAUAGCCGGUUGAACACGGGCAAACCUUCUACCGCUUCCGGGGCGUCCAACAACACCAGCAACGGCCUUCGUUCUGGACGCCGGCUCGAUCGUCUUUGGUGCUUUAAAUCAUCCAACUUUUGUUCCUCGACCAAGGCGGCCCUAGCCCACCACAUGCUCCCGGGGAGUCGUGGCCCAAUGUCACACUCAAACGGCUCCAACCGGGAGGAACAUGAGCGGGAGUGGUUACUGCUGGGUGAACCAUCCUCACCGAAGGGACCACCGCACAGUCCACCGGGAAGUACGGUCGAGUCCACCGUACUGUCCGAUCAAAUCUCCGACAUCGAGUGUAUUGCGUUGGCCAAACCGGAGAACAUGGACAGUGAGGAUAGCUCCACGGACAUUGACGCGAUUGUGGACGAGUACCGGCAGAAGGUGACCGUAUCGACGGCAGGCUACACAUCCGACGGCGAUACGUUACGGUUGCCCACGGCGAACAGCUGGUACUUGGCGAUCAUUUUCAUUGUGCUGAUCGUGCUGGGAAGCGUUAUAACCGCGUCCGGAUUAAUGCUGUGGGAUACGAUCAUGAUCAUUGCCGGUGUAAAUGUGGUUUUCAUUCCAGCAACCAUCCUGCUGCUAUUUCCGAGGUACGAUCAAGCGAAUUCUUCACCGACGGCACCGUCCAUGAUGACUUGCGUCAUUACCGUGCUGGGUUCGUUCAUCCUAUUCUCCGCCUCGUUUGCCCAAUCCUGGCCAGCGUUAUUGCUGUGGUUUAUGGCAGGACUGUUCCUAUUUAUCCGGUGCGAUACCUGGUGCUGUCUGUGUCUGGAUCGACCCGGCAGCGGUCAAACCACGCUCAUCACCAGCAUGUCCACCGCGAAGACGACCACCAUUCGCGUGCCGCGCCCACCGAAGGGUGCCAUCAUACAGGCACGCAUUGCCGGCCACAGCUGACAGUCGGACUCGACGGAUAGUGAGCUUUUCGAGGACGAGGACACGGUCGAGGAAUGGACUGACUGAUGGAUCGAAGCACGCACUACCAACUGUGGUGUGAGCGUGUAAAAAUCAGUGCAAUGUGUGUGAAAAAACUUUCAAAACCGAACUAUUUCCUGGGUGGGAUGGUGGUUCUCUGGUGUUUCACUCUGGUGUACCUUAAUCUCCUGUGAAUGUGCAUGUAUGUUUCAUGUGUGUGUGUGUAUGUGUGUAUGAGUGUGUUUCUGUACGGCAUGUAACAUCCAUCCAUCCAUCUCGGGCCUUUCCGGCACCUGGUCCGGUGACAAACCAAAGAAAAGGGGAAAAAAUCCAAGGCACACAAACUACAUGUGAAUGUGAUAAGACAAAACCAAAGGAAAUCAAAGCGGAUACCUUACCCUACGUAAGGCCAUUUAGCAAGCUUAGGACAGACAGAUGGUAGUAUAGACCUUAUUGUUUUCCUCUUUGCAAUCUAUUUAACGCGUGUUUAAACCAGCAAGACGAAGUCGUCAAUUAAUCGAUGCAUACAACGGAUUAUACACAUAGGCAGUAUAAAGAGAAACACAUCGAAAAGCAGUAACUCAUUCUUAUUCUGCUAUUGGGUUUUAACAUUUUUAAUUUCUUCGCGACGAUUCAGCGAGUUUGGAGAUAGAAAAGGAAUUAAUGAGGUAUUUUACGGGCAGGGGGAGCUAUUUUUUUCGACAACAUUUUGAGCCUAACUUGUGCGGCCUUCAACGACAACCAUUGUAGAUAGGGCUUUUGGUUCGGUUUCUUGUUUUCGAGCGGAAGAUGCUAGCAAAUACUGCAAGGUGGUGAUAUAUAUUUUUGGCGAACUUGGUAGCUUGGUGCUAGUUGUUGUUGGUAAAGUUGAACACACUUUUGAACGAGCGUAGGUGUGCGGCUAUAGCGUUUGUUAGUAGAGCACAUUUUUGCAGAACGAAAGGUACGAAAGAGGGCAUUAUAGAUAGCAAGCUGCAUAUACCGGUGAUUGAGGCUUUCAAAUAAACGAAUUGUUUGUUUCCGUUUCCGGAAGUGCAUAUACCAACAGUGGGG